AUGGAAAUUGACAGGGAAUUAAAUGAGAGCCAAGUAGUGCCGGACACUGACAACAUGGAGGUCGAGGAGACUGAAAAUUCUUCCAAGAAGUAUUUCACAAUGGCCAAUCCUCAGGUGGUCCUCUUCGAUGAGUACUGGGCAAGGCUAGAGGGUGUGGUUAUGGAUGUUAUGAAUGAUCAACUUGUCGAUCAAGCUGUCUGGAGUAACUCUUUCUUGUAAGUUUAAUUUUUUUUUGAAUUUUUUUGUUCUGAGUCUUUAAUAUGUAAAUUAUACUCUUAUAGUGAUAUCUACGGGCUCUGUUCUGGCCAAUACACCGUUGACUUAUACGCCAAACUGAUCGAAUGUUUAGCUGAACGAGUUAGAUCAAUUGCAAGGGUAAUCUCUCUUUUUAUUUUUUCCAAUCUUUAGGAUCUCUAUCCCCUUCAAGGAAUUGAACUCCUCGAAUCUUAUUCAAGUAGUUGGAAUAAGUUUGACUCUGGUAUAAACCAUGUCAAUGGUCUCUGCCGGUAUUUGAAUAGGAUGAUUGUCAAAGAGAUGAAUGCUAGAGUCUUUACUCGGAGGUUCCCGGAACUUGAGAACCUUUUGGAUGGAAAUCGACUUGCUGUUUGUGAUGUGAGUCUGUUUUUAGCUAUAAAUUGUUUUAUUUUAGGCCGCAAGAAGAUUAUGGAGAAAGGAAUUGAUUUUACCUCUAAAAAGAAAACUUUACGGAGUGAUUUGGAGCGUGAUUGUGCAGAUCAGAGAUGGUUCUUAUUCCGAAAAGCCUAAUCCCGCCGUUGGAAAGAUCCUCCUAUCAUUCAUCAGUGUGAGUUGAAUUUCUUUAUUUUUAGAAUUGACUUAAUGUUCUUUUAUUGUCCCAAAUUUCAGGUAUGCUUCUCCUCCGACGAUGAAAGGGAUUCUGUUCUUGGCGUCCUCGAUCCCGCUCUCUGCGUCAAACAUAACUACCCAAUUCCUGCUCAACUCAAGUUUUACAAUGAGAUCUUUGAAGAUAAUUUCUUGAUUGAUAAUCGAACCUACUUCCGGGGAAUGCUGUCGGAAAGUUUGGCCAAUUUAAAUAUGUUUGAUUACAUGUCAAAGGUAAUUAAAAUCUUGGAGAAUGAAGAGAAGCUUGCUGCGGAUCUUUUGUUUACCCCGACCGUCAAAAAGUUGCUGGUCUUGUUGAGGAAAAUAUUCAUUUUGGAACAGCUGCCGAGAUUUGAUGAAGUUGUCCCAGAAUAUGUGAGGAUGGAGAAGAAAGCUGGCAAGUCUCACCCUCAUAAUUUACGAAUAUCGUAUUGUACAUCAAUUUGAUGGUUUUUUUUUCAGAACUUCGUUUGGUCUACAGUCUUCUGGAUUAUUUCCCAGAUGCCGCUCAAAUUCUUGUGACGGAAUAUGAGAAGCAGAUCGCAACCAGCCUUGAGAAUCAUCUCUCUGGGUUGUUUUUGACCCCUUCUGUUUUUACUGAAGCCGCCUCUGCCAAGCAUUCGUUCUACACCAAGUUCAACUCGGAAGUCUUUAGCGAUGCACCAUAUAUUCAAGCAGCUUUGAGAAGAGUAAGUUGUUGUUUCGCUCGAUGUUUAUACAGUUUUUAGGCAAUCGAGAGUGUCCUCAACAAAGAAAGGGAAGGUGAAAAGUUCUACGCGGCAAGAAUGUUGGCCAGACAUAUGGAUCUGUUGUUGAAGAAGUCCCAAAAGAAGAAAGAAGUCGGCGACGACAUCUAUGACAAGCUGGAUGAAGCGGUGACUAUCUUCAGAUACAUCAAGGACAAGGACACCUUUCACAAGGUACGGUUUACUCUCGGUACUCGUAAAGUGGCUUAGUAUUACAUUAGGGUACCCUAUAGGAUAAAAAAACGUCGUUUACGUUUUAGGGGUUUAGACCCCUAAAACGUUCCUUAUGGGUAGUUUCACGGUCUUGUCGGAGUUAGCGUAUUACAUGCCAUUGUGAAUGGGAUGAGAGUGUAAUAUUACUCUGUUCGAAAGUGCGAAAAGACUUCAUCUUUGCGUGUUUGCGUUGGUUGGCAGGCCAACUAAUUAAAGCGAAAAGAAAUUGGACUGUUGCACAAGAUUACUUACUUCUGUCUGAUUUGGAAUUUGUUGUCAAGGCAGGGUGUUAUUAGUCAUAUGGAUGACAUAAAUAUUAAAGAAUUCCCCAAAUCUUUGACUCUAGGUGACUUAAAAACUGUUGAGAAUGUCAAACUGCCCAGUUUUGUUGUGGGAUGGUUUGCUUCACUUUUGGAGUUGAGAGCAUUGACGCUAGCAAUGCCAUCAUUGCAAGAGUUAACUGAGAUUAUUGAUGCAAUUAUUGCUCAGCCUCUGGAUAUCAACAAAUUGAACAGAAUGGACCCAGUUUGGGUGAAUUUCUUGAAUCGCCAGCACGUUUGGCUAAUUUUUGAGGUGAAAACUUAAUCAGAUAUAAAUUUAAUGCUUGACUGUCGGUGUUAUGAUUGUUUUCUAAUAUUUACAGAUCUUCCAACGAAUGCUGGCCAUACGUCUCCUCAACAAGAUAUCCAUUUCUCUUGAGUUGGAGGAACAAAUGAUCUUUAAACUUCAAGAAGCCUGUGGCAAUGAGUAUACGGCCAAAUUGAGCCGAAUGCAUGAUGAUUGUAUCAAGAGUCGUAUUCUUAACGCCCAGUACCAUUUAAUAGCUUCCCCGCCUUUCAAGGAGAGCACUUUUAAUAUCAUCCAGACCUGUGCUUGGCCCGUGAUCAGCUCAUCCGAGGAUCCGGCUUUGAAAGAUCUUCGAAUCCCCUCUCAACUACAAACUUAUUCAGAAGAAAUUAGGCGCUAUUACGACAAUAAACACACGGGAAGGAUCCUUAAGUUUGCGUAUCAUGUCAGCACAGGUGUGUUUUGAUCGGUUGAUUGCAUUAUUUUACUUUUGUUGUUAAUUUCGUAUUUUCAGGAGACCUUCUUUUCAAAAUCGGAUCAAAACGGUGCAUUGUCACAAUGACUGUCCCUCAAGCGAUGUUAUUGUUGGUAUUCGACAAAUAUGAUGUCAGAACAAUCAGUCAGUUGGUUGAGAGCACAAAAAUGAGCUUUGAAUAUGUCUGUUCUUCAUUGAAAUCUCUGAUCGACUUUAAGAUACUUAUUGUGGACCAAAAGGUAGGGAGUAUUUGAUUUGUGGAAAGGGAUCAUUCACGAAACUUUAAUUAAAUGUUCUUAAUUGCAAUGCAAUGUUUUCAGCAGGGAUGCUACACCGAAGAGACUCCGGUUCAGGUGAAUUUGAAGUUUGAAGCUUUGAGAAGCCGAGUUCACCUCCAGCCACCCACAAUUGUGUCUAAAGCCAAUGAAAGCAACCCGAUUCCAUCGGCCAGGGAAACGCUUCAAGAUCGAAAGGUGGCUGUGGAAUGUGCAAUUGUAAGAGCAAUGAAGGCUGUGAAGGUCAUGAAACAUCAAGACUUGAUAGAAACGGUGGGUAAUAAUAAUCUAUGAAUGAUCUUAAUCCUGUUGUAGGUAUGCACCUCCAUUGCCGAUCGCUUUGUUCCCGACCGACCAUUUCUCAAACAAUGCAUCGAAGGCCUCAUUGAAAAGCAUUUCCUCCAGAGGACAGACAACAUGGAUGAAUACGAGUACCUCCCCUAA